CCUAAUGGCUUGUGAUAAACUGAAAUCAAGAUCACCGAUGGCUCUCUUUCAACAAGGGCUUUUGUCUCCUUUCAAGUAAUUGCCGCAUUUAAAGUUCACAAUUAGUCUUUGUGGUCUGGUGCAAUCAGACCUGUUUGUCCACAGGUGGGGGGAAGCUCAGCUUGUGAACACUGUGAGAUUUCCCCAAAGAACCACCUACCACCCCACAGCUGUAACAGCUGCAUCUCUCCAGUAAGGAUGGAACAACCUAUGUCCCCCACCUGAGCUGUGGCUGUCUGCAGCUAGUCCAAAGGAUUAGUCCAGUAUACUGCAGCUUGUUUUGCCUGAUGAGGGAAAGUGACCGAAUAUGUUUUGCUCCUAACCACGUCUUUAAACUCCACACCUCGGCCAGUGAACACCUCCUCUUCAGAAUCAGAUACUAUUUCCCAGGCUGGUAUAACAGCGGUAACUCGAUCUGCGCCCAUCGUUAUGGUUUGUCCAAGGAGAUGGAAAGCCCAGUGAUGGAUGACUGUGUGAUGACCUACCUCUUUGCUCAGUGGCGCAGCGACUUUUUGAACGGCUGGGUUCAUAUUCCGGUCAGCCAUGAAGCUCAGGAGGAGUGUCUGGGUAUGGCUGUUCUCGACAUGAUGAGACUCGCUAAGGAGGGAGACCAGUCGCCGGUGGACAUCUACAAUGAUACCAGCUACAAGUCCUUCCUGCCCAGAUGCAUGCGGAGCCGCAUCCAGGAGUACAACGUGUUGACCCGCAAGAGGAUCCGCUACCGCUUCCGGCGCUUUAUCCAGCAGUUCAGUGAGUGCAAGGCCACCAUCACCAACCUGAAGCUGAAAUACCUGAUGAGCCUGGAGAUGCUGCUGCCCUCCCUGUACUCUGAGCGCUUCAGAGUGACCGACCUCUCCUCACGAGAGGUCACCAUCGUGGUGAAGGGCAACGAGGGCAUCCUUUGGUCUCGAGGAAAAGGCGAGGAGGGAGCAGAGGAGGAGCUGGAGAUCUAUUGUGACUUCCCGGAAGUGAUCGACAUCAGCAUCAAACAGGGCAACAAGGAAGGCUCGGCAGAGAGUCGCAUCGUUGCCCUCACCAGACAGGACAACCAGAUCCUGGAGCUGGAGUUCCAUUCGCUCCCCGAGGCCCUGUCCUUCGUUUCACUGGUCGAUGGAUAUUACCGACUGGUCGCCGAUGCCCAUCAUUACCUGUGUAAAGAAGUCGCUCCGCCACGACUUCUGGAGUGCAUUCAGAGCUACUGCCAUGGCCCCGUGUCAAUGGAGUUCACGAUUAGUAAGCUGCGGCGUUCGGGGAACUACCAAGGCCUCUACAUCCUUCGCUGCAGCCCCAGAGACUACGACAAGUUCUUCAUGUCCUUUGUGGUCGGGUAUGAGACCAUGGUGGACUAUAAGCACUGUCAGAUUGUGAAGACGGAGUCAGGAGAGUUCAUUCUGAGCGGUGCCAAAAAGAGCUUUGGCUCGCUCAGAGAACUCAUGCAUUGCUACCAGAAGGAGGCGCUGCGCACUGAUGGCUACACAUUCCAGCUGACCAGGUGCUGUCCGCCCAGCCAGAGAGACAAAUCCAACCUGCUGGUGUGCAGAAACAACCAAGGCACAGAACUCCCUCUGUCUCCAUCACUCCACAAGCACAUCAGCCAGAUGGUUUUCCACAAAAUCCACAGAGAGGACCUCACCUUAAGCGAAGGCCUGGGCCAAGGAACAUUUACGAAGCUGUUCCGCGGCGUGCGGAAGGAGCUGGGUAACUACGGGGAGGUUCACCAGAUGGACGUCGCAGUCAAGAUUCUGGACAAGGCUCAUCGUUGUUUCUCAGAGUCCUUCUUCGAGGCAGCCAGCAUGAUGAGCCAGCUGUCCCACAAGCACUUACUCCUCAUUUAUGGUGUGUGUGUUUGUGGCGACGAAAACAUGAUGGUGCAGGAAUACGGGAAAUUUGGCUCACUGGACAUCUAUCUGAAGAAAAACUGCGUUAACAUCACCUGGAAGCUGGAAGUGGCCAAACAGUUGGCCUGGGCUAUGCACUACCUGGAGGAUAAAAACGUCGUUCACGGGAACGUCUGUGCCAAAAACGUCCUCCUGAUCAGAGAGGAGGACCGGAAGACGGGCAGUCUGCCUUUCAUCAAGCUCAGUGACCCUGGCAUCAGCAUCACCGUGCUGCCCAGAGAAGUGCUGGUGGAGCGUAUCCCGUGGGUGCCUCCUGAGUGCAUCGAAAACCCGCAGAAUCUGAGUUUGGCAACAGACAAGUGGGGCUUCGGGACGACGAUUUGGGAGAUCUGCAGUGGGGGGGAGAAGCCCCUCAGCAUGCUGGAUUCCUCAAAGAAGAACCUGUUCUACGAGGACAGACACCAGCUGCCGGCUCCAAAGUGGACCGAAUUAGCCAACCUGAUAAACAGCUGCAUGGACUAUGAGCCUUUACACCGACCCUCCUUCAGAGCCAUCAUCAGAGACCUCAACAGUCUUUUCACUCCAGAUUAUGAGCUGCUGGUGGAAAGCGACAUGGUGCCCAACAGGACCCGGGGCUUUGGCUUCCCUUGGGCCUCAGUGAGCCAGGAGCCGGCCCAGUUUGAGGAGAGACACUUGAUCUUCCUCAAGCAGCUGGGCAAAGGAAACUUUGGCAGCGUGGAGAUGUGCAGGUACGACCCCCUGCAGGACAGCACGGGGGACGUGGUGGCCGUGAAGAAGCUGCAGCACAGCACAGCCGAGCACCUUCGGGACUUUGAGCGGGAAAUUGAAAUCCUCAAAUCCCUUCACCAUGAAAACAUUGUGAAAUACAAAGGAGUGUGCUACAGUGCAGGUAGAAGAAACCUGCGUCUCAUCAUGGAGUAUCUCCCCUUCGGCAGCUUGAGAGACUAUCUCACGAAACACAAGGACCACAUUGAUUCCAAGAAACUGCUGCACUACUCAACGCAGAUAUGCAAGGGCAUGGACUACCUUGGCAGCAAGCGUUACAUCCACAGAGACCUGGCCACCAGGAACAUUCUGGUGGAGAGCGAGUUGAGGGUGAAGAUCGGAGAUUUUGGCCUGACCAAGGUGCUGCCGCAGGACAAAGAGUACUACACAGUGAGGGAGCCUGGGGAGAGCCCCAUCUUCUGGUAUGCCCCCGAGUCGCUGACAGAGAGCAAGUUCUCAGUGGCGUCAGAUGUUUGGAGCUUCGGCGUCGUCCUUUACGAGCUCUUUACCUACAGCGAGAAGAACUGCAGCCCGCCAGCGGUCUUCAUGGAGAAGAUGGGAAACGAGAAGCAGGGCCAGAUGAUCGUCUACCAUUUGAUCGACCUGCUGAAACAAGGAUACAGACUUCCUGUUCCUGAAAGCUGCCCCAAGGAGAUCCACAAGAUCAUGAUGGAGUGCUGGGGCAGUGACCCGAAACUGCGGCCUACGUUCAAGGCUCUAACCCAGCGGGUGGAGACCGUGCGAGACGCCAAGGACGGAUGAAACGGGCGCGGUGAAUCCCCUGAACUGUUGACCUGCUGGUGUUGACGUACGCAAGUCGGUUGUCACACGACGACGACGAGAAGUUACCGGUGGAGUUCUGGUGUCUGGUUGCAUUCACACUCGGUGCAGUUCAACCACUUCAUAAAGAAAGAAAAAAAAAAAAAAAAGAAGAAGAUGGACUUAACGAGUACACUACAGCCAACUGAACAACAACGAAAAAGAUGUUUUGGGAGUACGACCCAACACUUUUGCUUCAUGCAGUCCGGACUGCGUUCCCGAAAAGACUCGCAGCCGUCCGACUGCACCUGAAAUCAUGAGGGAGUACGGAGCCACGUGCCUUAAGUCCACCUCGGACGCUUUGCUUUCACUUGAGGAAAAAUAUUGUGUGUUUCUGGAACAAGUAGGGGCUUUUCCAGCUAAGAGGAUACAGUCCUUAACUGGGGCUGGAGACAGUACUUCAGUGGGUUUUCUUUUCCACCACCAUCGUUACGUAAUAAAACGUCUCAUCCAGUAAA